GCCAGACAGAGGCUUAUGACGCUUGUGUGUAGGGUUGGUUUGUGGAGGCUCGUGCUGCAACUGUAUGAAAAUGGCGGAUACACUGACAGACGGACUAGCACAGCAAAAGGAGGCGGCCAAUGAUGAGGAGAGAGGGAAAUAUCUUCGGAAUAGGACUGCAAGGUCGGGGAAUAGCAGCAGCACUCCAGACAUGACCGAAACGUUGGGGUUUUGCGGAAGAAAUGCUGUCAAAAAGGAGAGAGAGAAUCACUCAGAUCUUUCACUGGUGCGGUUCAUACGGAAGGAGCUGACGCGGGGGUACUUCCUGGAACACAACGAGGCGAAGUACAAGGAGCGCAGGGAGAGGGUGUACACCUGCAUGAAGAUCCCCCUCGAGCUGGAGAAGCUGAUGAUUUUCGGAUUCUUCCUGUGCCUGGACGCCUUCCUGUACAUCUUCACCCUGCUGCCCCUCCGGGUCCUGCUGGCCCUCACCAGGCUCCUCACCCUGCCCUGCUGGGGGCUGCGUGGGUCUCGGCUCCUGCAGCCUGCCCAGGUGUGCGACAUCCUGAAGGGCUUCAUCCUGGUCCUCUGCUACUUCAUGAUGCACUACGUGGACUACUCCAUGAUGUACCACCUGAUCCGGGGUCAGUCCGUCAUCAAACUCUACCUCAUCUACAACAUGCUGGAGGUGGCGGAUCGUCUGUUCUCGUCCUUCGGGCAGGACAUACUGGACGCUCUGUACUGGACCGCCACGGAGCCCAAGCAGAGGAAGCGCUCCCGCAUAAGGGUGAUCCCUCACUUCCUGAUGGCCGUGCUCUACGUGUUCCUCCAUGCCAUUCUAAUUAUGGUCCAGGCCACAACGCUCAACGUGGCCUUCAACUCCCACAACAAGUCGCUGCUCACCAUCAUGAUGUCCAACAACUUUGUGGAGAUUAAAGGAAGUGUUUUCAAGAAGUUUGGGAAAAACAAUCUGUUUCAGAUGUCAAAUAGUGAUAUCAAGGAAAGAUUUACCAACUACGUGCUUCUGGUCAUAGUGUGUCUGCGGAACAUGGAGCAGUUCUCCUGGAACCCAGAUCACCUCUGGGUCCUGUUUCCCGACGUCUGCAUGGUGGUGGCCUCGGAGAUCGCCGUCGACAUCGUCAAGCACGCCUUCAUCACCAAGUUCAACGACAUCGCGGCCGAGGUGUACAGCGAAUACAGAGCGAGCCUGGCCUUCGACCUCGUCAGCAGUCGGCAAAAGAACGCAUACACGGACUACAGCGAUUCGGUGUCCAGGAGAAUGGGCUUUAUUCCUCUGCCUCUGGCUGUUCUCCUAAUCCGGGUGGUGACGAGCUCUGUGACAAUCCAGGGAUCCCUUUCUUAUGUGUGCUUACUGCUCUUCUACCUGGGGAUGAUAACCCUGAAAGUGCUGAACAGCAUCAUUCUGCUGGGGACGUCCUGUCUGUACGUGAAGGAGGCCGGCAUGGAGGAGAAGCUGUUUGAGAGGCCCCCCACUGCGCCCCCCAGCAGAGCAGGCAGCAGGGCGAAGAGCACACCCGUUGCCCCCUCAGCUAUCCCAGCCUCCCCCGCUAAAGACCAGAGCCCCACCCCCUCCGGCACCAGCCAACCGGCCGGCAGCGCUGAGGACCCCGCCCCCCAGCACCCCGUCGGCGACCCCGGCGAGCUCCGGACGGCCCCCGGCGAGACGGAGGAGGAGCCCGGGACGCAGGAGGGGGCGGAGCUCAAGCACAGGCCCCCGAAAAAGGACCUGCUGGAGAUAGACCGCUUCACCAUAUGCGGGAACCGCAUCGACUGACGUUCGCGGCGUCACCGCCCCCCGCCCCUCCUUUUUCGGGACGGUUCUGGGUUUGGUCGCGGCACGCCUAGGACGGGCCGCCAGGGGCCCGUCAGCCAAAGACAGCGGCGCUGGGGUAUUUAUUGAGACCCGGGUAAUUUAUUGUUCACUGGAAGCGUGACCGGUAGCUUUUCCACUGGGCGGACCCGUUCGGCCGGGCCUCCGGCGAGCGAUGGCGGGAAGAGUCGCGGUAACCAGGGUACGCCGCAGGACUCCUCGAACAGGAAGGAGCGAGCCGUCAGACGGCGUGGGCUCAAGAGCCCGGACUCAACAGGGUUUCUGACGAAAAAAAGCGGCCUUUGGUCCAAAUAUGUGCCUAGAGCGGUUUUUUGUUUUGCUUUAAAUAAA